AUGUUAUUACAAAGAUCAUCAAAGAUUUCAGUGCCCGUGACUUACAUUCGGCACUUCUGGUUAACCGAGAAUGGUGUCGGGCCACUGUUCCAACGUAUUGGAAGGCUCCAUUCAGUUUUACAAUGAAGAGGAGUACCACCGCAUUGAAGGUUUAUGAAUCAUUUCUUGAAACGGCGGAAAAGUCUACGCAGCAAACGGUUCAAAAGCCUGUUUUCGAUUACCCAUUGUUUAUCAAAGAACUCAAUUAUACAAACUUAUUGGCUUGUUUUGAAACGUGGGAAAGGGCUAGGAAAGUUGAAGCAAUACUUCAAAUGCUAACAAAGUAUGAGAUUCGCCUAAAAACUUUUAUUAUGGAUAAUACCGGUGCGAAUAAUGAAAGAGUUUAUGGAUUGUGGACGACACCAUGUUAUGCCUCAAUGUUCAGUUCCCUCAAUUACGUUGAAAUACACACCCCUUUCCCCAAAAAUAAUGUUAUGAAAGCAUUGGCAAAAAAUUGCACUGAACUGUCACAUUUGGAUAUUAAUCUUCAUGAUACUUCCGUUCCACGUGCCGAAGAAUCGAUCAAUCAUCUUAAGGAACUUUUGUCUGCUCAAACGCGUCCCUUGAAUCUUCGGUUGGUAUUUCCAAACGGAUCUGGGAGAUCGCUGCUCGAAACAUUUCAGUCCCGGCUUGAAUCCUUCAAACGUCUUGAACUUGUAAAAUGGAACUUCAACGGUUGUGAUUGGGAAUGGUUGAAAAGGUGUUCCAAUUUGGUCGAAUUUGCCAUAACAAGCCCUCCACCUCAGGUUUCUGGGAUUUUAGGUACUAAAAAAGAAAGUUAUCGUUUAAAAAUUUCGAAAAAUUCAAAGAUUUCGACCGAACAUUGGCAUUUUGACAAAAAUGACGAAAUCCCUUCAAAGUUUUACUUUCACUCGGAUAAACCUUUGAUGGAAUCACAACCUCCGAUUAUAACUCAACCACGAGUAAGCCGCCGGACAAAUGAUCCUAAAAAGUUACAAUAUAUUCGUGCCAACGUCGUGAGGCGUAUGUUUAAAGAAUUCGAUUAUUAUUCUUCAGAAGAUGAAUUCAAUUACUCCAGUUCUAACUACGAUUACGAUUACGAUGAUGGUUAUGAAGAAUCUUUUGAGAAUCUUCAAAGGCUUCUUGAUAAUAACAAAGCAUGGGCUAAAUCAAUUACAGAGACGAAACCAGAAUUCUUUACUACCACGGCAAAAGCACAACAUCCAAAGAUCGCUUGGUUUGGUUGCUCCGAUUCUCGCGUUCCAGCCGAGACUGUGGUUCAAUUAGGACCCGGUGAAAUUUUUGUUCACCGAAAUAUCGCCAAUCAAUUUAACCACGCUGAUUUGAACUCAUUGUCGGUUUUACAAUAUGCGGUCGACCAUCUUAAGGUCGAACACAUCAUAGUUUGUGGUCAUUAUGGAUGCGGUGGUGUGUUGGCUGCAAUGUCAAAUGAUCAACACGGUUUGGUUGACCACUGGUUAAGAAACAUUAAGGAUGUUUAUAAGAGUAACAAAUCAACGAUAGAAUCAUCCGCACCCGAGAAACGAUCGAACUUGCUUGUAGAAUUAAAUGUUAAACAACAAGUUUAUAAUAUUGCGGCUACAAAUAUCGUUCAAAGUGCCUGGGCUGCUGGUAGGAAAUUGGAAAUUCACGGAUGGGCUUAUCGUCUUGACAAUGGAAUAUUGAAUGAUUUGAAAGUAGAUAUAAAGGGUGAAAAAGAUUUAAGUGAUCAAAUUUAUAAAGUAUUGCCGGGAAGUCAUGCAUAA